AUGACACUGCAAACAUGUGUUGAGAAAGAGCCGGAGGAACCAGCUGCCGUCGCACCAGGACAAUCGAACAACAGAACGUCCGGAAGCCUCCAGAAGCUCUGGGCUAGACCCCCGGGCCCUCCACAGCACCACGUCCCUCCAGCGGACCUCUUCCUGUGCACACGAGCCGGCUGCCGAUUCACGGUUUCUCCUCCGUGUUUUUGCGUUCUCUUUUGGGGGAAAGCUGCAGAGCUCCACACAGAUGUGACCAUGUUUCUGACCCGGACCUUCUGCUCCAGACGGCUGCCAGUCCUCACCCUCUUCACCAAGGAUCCAUGUCCUCUGUGCGACGAGGCCAAAGAGCUGUUGCAGCCGUUCACACACAGAAUUGUCUUUGAGACUGUGGACAUCACAAAGCCGGAGAACAAACGGUUCUGGGUCCAGUACCGGUACCACAUCCCAGUGUUCCACCUCAACGGAACCGAGAUCAUGAGGCACAGGCUCGACCCACACAGACUCGAGGAGCUGCUAAAGCAAGUCGAGAACCAUGUCUGA